AUGACAAUAUUACGUUUGAGAAAGGUAAAUACGAUUCUUCCCUAUCUCCAAAACAUUUUCUUUCCUGCACAUACAAAUAAAAAUAAAAACUUAAAUUAUUGUUUUAUUUUUUUUUUUAAUUUAAGGAAUGGACCAAUCAAACCAGAUUCAGAUACAUUAUUGGCACGGUUAUGUGAUUCACUUAAACAAAUUCUAGUCGUUGAUGGUACAAAGUUUAGCAUUAACGUACAAUUAUUUAAAGGUGAUUUACCAGCACGUGCUUUAGCAUGUAAACAUAUACAUCACAACGGAUAUUAUGCUUGUCUUGAAUGUGAUCAAUAA